CACCCACGUACACUUGCGUACACUCUUGCUGCAUUCCCUUUCGCCAACACACGGGAGAGUGCGGCACACGUUCAGCCUAACAAAAUAGUUGUCCGAAACCCUUGUUGUGUAGACCAUGAAAUCCUUUCAGCUUUUGACCCUUUUCGCGCUUAUCGCUGCCUCCCUGGCAUUUGCCCCGAACCAGGCUCCUCAGCAGGUCGCCAAGGCUGCCUUCACCAAGGCUGCGGGGGCUUUGCCGGUGGCUGCUUUGGCUGCCCCAGCGUUCGCUCUCGACUCGAUCGUCGAAGCGCUUCCCACCAACACGGUUGCCCUUGAGGUCCAAUUCGGUGCCUACCUUGCCGUAGCUCUAGGAACCCUCCUUCCCUGCCUUUUCCUCAUCAACUUAUUCAUCCAAACCGAAUCGCGCAAGGCUGGACGUGCCGGUGGACAGGAUGCCGAGUAAAAUAACACGAAGACGUUCUUUUGUCUCUUGGACAUUGGACUAUUCGCUAUAGACUGGGCAAUUUGUUGACGUACAUACGGACUACUACCUACCUAUACAUGCAUCGAUACGACUGAUAUAGCUACGGGAGGUUUCACAUAACGUAGUUCCUACGGUUGAAGGC